UUUUUAGGCUGUAAAUUUACCUUAACACAGAACAGGGGCACAUUCCAAACUCCGAACUUCCCUGAAAAAUACCCAAAUGGUGUCCAAUGCAUUUGGAACAUUAAAGUACAAGUGGGUCGAUUCGUUCUACUCUCUUUCGACACAUUUGUGUUAGAAAGCUUUAAUGGAAAAUGUAUUGAUAUGGUAGAGGUCAAGGAUGGAAGCAAGUCCACGGAUCAACUGCUUGGUGAGAGCCAAUAAUCCAACCCCUUCUUCACUUUUACUCUUUAUUACCGCCGGUUUAUAAACUCACCUAUGCGCACAGUUGUUGCAGUUUACAACCUCUUAAUCAGAAUAUUUUUGGUUAAGGAAACAGUGGCCGGGAUUGAGUUCACUGCAUUGUAAAAAAAACCGUGGUCGUUUUAUUUUUUUACUUUCUUCGAAUAUUGCAAUUUAUUGAGACAGGACCCUAAACUAUAGUCUGAAUUCCUCAUAAAGACUUAAAUAACUCAGUUUAUCAACUUUCAAUCUGUUUUUAUUCAUUCGCACAAAAUGCAAAUAGACUUCACUGGCUGCUUCUAAGAUCCCAAAAUGGAUACCUUACAUGAAACAUUUUGUUUUUGCACUUCAGUUCAAAUCAUCAGCCUUCGACGAAAAAUUUAAUUUCACUGGUGAUGGCAAGAAAUUACUGACAGGAAAAUUACAGAUGAGGAAAACGCUGUAAAAUAAUUUAUCUGGAUGUCAUGGUAUUUUUCACAAACCACAGACAAGCUUAACUAAGAUAUGUUGUUCUUUCUUAAGGUACUUUUUGUAACGCCAGCCUCCCACCAAAGGUCAUUACAUCGAGUUCAAACAGCUUGAGGAUUUGGUUUUUUUCUGACAUGACAGACGCUUAUAGAGGUUUUAAUGCCUCCUACAUCAGCCAAUGGGAAAAAGGUAAAUUUAUAUGGUUGUAAUGUUUACUGAAGUACGUUCAACACUGCAAAAUUGGUUGGCUUUCACAAAUCCCUAUAAAGUUCGAUAAAAGUGCGUCUUUCAACGAAGAAAGUCUUAUGAAUAGGGAUGUGAAUAAAAGGGGUAAGUUUCUAAAGAAACUGUGGUGCUGCGUCGGUGAGAGAGUAUAGCAGGUAAUUUAGUGUUAAGAACUGAGUUGAAAACGUAAAUUGGCCACUGUAAAGGGUGAAAAAGCUGACGUUUCGAGCUAAUUUAUUCCUGUUUUCUCGUCACCAUAUUCCCACCAAUAGCGUAGCUCCACUUCUGCAUAUAAACCCACACACAACCCACAAUUCCUCCAAUCGCUCUGAAAAAGGGCUAACGCUCGAAACGUCAGCUUUUUUACCCUUGUGCCCAAUUUGUGUUUUCAACUCAGUUGUUAACACUAAAUUAUCUGAAUGAGGAUGUAUUCAGUCUGUGAAUAAUCAUUUGCUAUGUAUGAAAAAAGAACAAGCCGUUCAGGGAUUUUAUUCAUACAAAAUAUUUUGAUCCUUGUAUGAAAGCUUAAUGACAUAACUCGAUAAAUCGUGAUAUGAUCCAACGUGGUAUGAGAAACCUGCACCCUUGUCAAAUAAAUAAAUAAAUAAAACAACUUUAUGGCUUAGGAACUGCCAUAUCAAGGUCUUAGAUUUAAAAUUUGGAAAGACUCGAUCCUAUUGUCACACCAAUUUGUAACAGGCGCUAAGUGUAAUAGCCGCCAAGUUUUUCCCUGAUCAGCGUAAACUAAGCUCUGGGAGGAUACCUCAUGAUUGCGAUCGCAUUCAGAACUUUGAACAGCGGCAGUUUUCUCCUCUGCACUAAACACUUAAAGAAAUCUCGUAAAAUUUUUCUUGAGAGGAUUUUCUCAUUAUUGCAGAGGAUGCCUGAAAAUUAUAUCAUACUUUAAAAUGAUCGUUUAGCGAGGGUGGAAGAAGAUCAGAAUGUAUUAAAAAGGAAUGAGGAUGGGUAAGGAUGCUCUUUCGUGAGCUACAAGGAACGCUGUGGUGAGCAAGGCCAUAUACUAAGUUCCUAUGUGAAACACGGCCAGCAUGCUGCUAGGAUCAGGAAUGUCGAAAGCAUAGAGUGAGUAAACAAAAACAUUCUUCGAUGUCACGUGCUCAUGAAAAGAAAAAAAUCAUCUUUCUACAUUUCAUUACGGAGUUCUAAAUUCACCAUCCUCUUAAGUUAUUUCUCGAAUGACGUUCUCAACAUUGUUGAUCCAAGUGGUAUGCAGAACCUGUGUCACAUAUGAACUUAAAAAUGGCCUAGUCUAUCAUAGAACUAUUUUCAACCAAGUGAGAGAGCAUUGGAGCGCAGACUCCCAUUUUUUUAAAAAAAAAUCGAAAACAUAUUUCUUGAAGCUACUUGAAUGAUAAGCUAUACUAAUACAAUUCUAACUUUUAAUUCAAAAUACAACACUUAAUCUAAAAUCUAUAUCUUUAUUAGGCUGUGGUGGUUCCGUCACAGACUUCCCUGGGCGAAUUUCAUCGCCUCGAUACCCAGAUUAUCCUUAUCCCAACUCCAUGCUAUGUGAUUGGACUAUCUCUGCACCACGGAACAAGUUCAUUCGCCUUGAAGUUUAUGAUUUUAAAGUAGAGUUCAGAUGCGGAGGAAAGUGCACUUGUCCUGAUCGUCUACAAUUAUGGGACGGACCAGAAUUCAAUGAGACAGAGCUUGGAAGGUGGAAACUAACUCCCGUGUUCGUAGUAAAUACCUUGCUAUUGAACUUUCAACAAACUGAAACACAACUCCCCAUAUCAGUAGUUUCGUAUUGAUUGUCGACUCCGUUUUUCAAGAAAACACUCUUUAUUAUUCCUUGCUAGUGUAUAUUAUUGUGUUGACUGUUUAAAUGUAAAGUUUUGUUGUUGUGUCAUAUCAUGAUACUUUAAAUGUAAAGUUAUUUGUUGUUGUGCCAUAUCAUGAUACUUUAAAUGUAAAGUUUUGUUGUUGUGCCAUAUCAUGAUACUUUAAAUGUAAAGUUUUGUUGUUGUGCCAUAUCAUGAUACUUUAAAUGUAAAGUUAUUUGUUGUGCCAUAUCAUGAUACUUUAAAUGUAAAGUUUUGUUGUUGUGCCAUAUCAUGAUACUUUAAAUGUAAAGUUUUGUUGUUGUGCCAUAUCAUGAUACUUUAAAUGUAAAGUUUUGUUGUUGUGCCAUAUCAUGAUACUUUAAAUGUAAAGUUUUGUUGUUGUGCCAUAUCAUGAUACUUUAAAUGUAAAGUUUUGUUGUUGUGCCAUAUCAUGAUACUUUAAAUGUAAAGUUUUGUUGUUGUGCCAUAUCAUGAUACUUUAAAUGUAAAGUUUUGUUGUUGUGCCAUAUCAUGAUACUUUAAAUGUAAAGUUUUGUUGUUGUGCCAUAUCAUGAUACUUUAAAUGUAAAGUUUUGUUGUUGUGCCAUAUCAUGAUACUUUAAAUGUAAAGUUUUGUUGUUGUGCCAUAUCAUGAUACUUUAAAUGUAAAGUUUUGUUGUUGUGCCAUAUCAUGAUACUUUAAAUGUAAAGUUUUGUUGUUGUGCCAUAUCAUGAUACUUUAUAUGUAAAGUUUUGUUGUUGUGCCAUAUCAUGAUACUUUAAAUGUAAAGUUUUGUUGUUGUGCCAUAUCAUGAUACUUUAAAUGUAAAGUUUUGUUGUUGUGCCAUAUCAUGAUACUUUAUAUUGUUUAGUUGAUAAUUCUCCUUAUAUUAUUGUUUCCAUUCUCUAAUAACGCAGUGAUAAUUUGUUUCCUUUUUCUCGAGAUUUUUCUUUUGUGUUACACUCAUGUUAGUUUAUUAAUUCAGUUUCAAGUAUUCAGUGAAUCUGUUUAUAAAAUGGAAAUGUAUUAUUUCCCAUGGUACAGUUUCUGCGUGACCAUCCUUAAAGUGAUUGUUUCGAAAACCAAUCGGAUGCGGUUGCGCUUCGCAACAAAUGAAGAAGGACGCUUCGAAGGCUUCCGAUUGUCGUACACAACCUCUGUCACACCAAGUGAGUGCCCAAGAAGUGUUUUCGUCAAUGGAGUGACUACCUACUUGUAUAUGGCUUAAGAUUUUUGAAGAAAAUCCUCCUAUUUAGUUCGCUUCUAAUUUACUUUCAUGAAGAUAACUGCGUAAGCGAUCUUCAAAGAGUCUUAUUGCUAUCUUAAUCUUCAUAGUUUCCCAAUCCUUAUGAUCAGUGUCCUAAUCCUAAUGGUGCGCAUAUGGUGUUCCAAUCGCUAGAGUGUCUAUGAUAUCCCAAUCCUUACGGUUUCCUUAUCGCGUUCCUAUCCUUUUGACGACUCAAUCCUUAUGGUGUCCGUUUGUUGUUCCAGUCCAAGUGUCUAUAUGUUUUCCAAAUGCUCAUGAUGUCACAAUCCGUGAGUUGUUCAUACAGCGUUCCGAUCCAUUCGUGAUCUCCAAAUCUGUUGAGUGUCCCUAUGAUUUUCCAACUUUAUAUGACGACCAAAUCCUUAAGGUGCCAAUUAAUGUCCUAAUUUGAAGGAUUUCUCAAUCCUGAUGGUGUCCAUAUGGUGUCUCAAUCCUUAUGGUGUCCCCAUGGUGUCCCUUGCCCUCUGAUGUCUUCAUCCUUCUGGUUUCCAUGCAGCGUUUCAUCGCUCCUGCUGCCCUUGUAUUUUUCAGGUUGUGGUGGAGAUUUUACCGGUAAGAGUGGCUCGAUCAUAUCUCCAAAUUACCCGAGGUCUUUUCCUUCGUUUUCUGACUGUGUUUGGCGGGUAAAAGCGCCCAUUGGCCGUUACAUAUCACUACGGUUUCAAGAAUUUACUGGAAUCAACGGCACAAAUUCGAAAUGUUUAGUUGACUCAAUAGAAAUAAGGGAAGGACAUUCAAGUGAAGCUCCGCUCAUAGGUACGUAGAGUGACAGCAGACUUCUAUUACAAAUCCAGAUACUGCCUUUAUGAUGCCGUUCUCAUUUCCCAAAUUAUGAUUUGGUUACUCCCUUGUCGUUGUGCAUAUUAAUGAGUUAAGAGGGUUAAUUUAAUUCCAUAUGACUAUCAUUGUUUUUUUUCCUCAGGUCGGUACUGUAUUCAGAACAUUCCGCCAGUCAUUGUAUCCAAAGGUCAUAAAAUGUACAUUUAUUUCAAGUCAAGAUGUCAUGAGUUUAAAGUAACAGCUCAAAAACACAGAAGGUUCAAAGCAUUAUUUCUGACUCACACAACAGGUAACGUAAUAAUCAAAGUCGAUUAUGUACCCCAAGAAAGACCUCACUCAAGCUCAGGCUACUAAAUAAAACUGUGCUUUUUAUUCUUUCAGAAUGUAAUGAAACAAUCGGCCUCGAGGACGGCAGAGUCAAAAAUUCUCAACUGUCUGCGUCCUCCUACUACACUCUUCAGCUUGGUCGAGGUCAGCUUCAUCUUUCUCCUUGGCACGGGAGAGUGGGGAAUGCUUACUCAUGGUGUAGCCAGGUGAAACAUUGAUCACUAAGUGGUUGUCGAUUCAUCAUAAUAUUCUAACAAGGUUUCUAGAAUACAGAUAAAAUUAUUUUUCAUAUAAACACAAUGUUUACUUCCUUAACACAGGCACAAACACCUAACAGGAUGAUUGACGAAUAUCUUCAAGUUGAUCUGUUGAAAUUGACCGACAUCACUGCCAUAGCAACACAGGUAAACUAAGAUUUCUUACUUUGUUGGUGAAGUUAGAGGAGACUCUGCUCUGCCCCUGUCCUACAACAUAUGGUGUGAUUUGGCAUACGUGUGAAGCGAAAUUAAAUUUCUUUUACCUACAAAUCCUACGUACGAGAGUCAAUAUUCCUAGGCGGGAAAAUAUUGGAAAUUGCCAUAAUCUCCUUCCAAAUUGAUUUUGAACCGCCAUGAACUAACACCCAGUUUAUAAGCCAGGCCCAUUUUAUAAAAUCGUCGGUCUGACGACUACACUUCAAUCUCAGCGUGACUCUUUUAAACUUUUGGAAGGAAAACGAAGAAAAAAAAAGUUAGCUGACAUCGAGAUAUGUCAAGUUAAAAUGUAACAGUUAAAAGCUCAACGCUCAGGCAUCAGCUUGUCUCUAUUGAAAAGGGUUAUCGACUGCUUGGUACCGCAUACAUGGGAUAUGUGUCAAACUAUAGACUGCAAUAUACAUAUGACGGAAGCCACUGGAUUCCUUAUAUGAACAACAUUAAAAACAGCACCAGACGGGGAUACACAGUAAGUUUAAGAUUGCUAUGUUGUUCGGUUUUUGUUAGGUUUGAUUUCAGUGCUUUUGUUUGUUUGUUUGUAUCUUUUUUCUUUUCUUUAUAGUAUCAAAAUUGCAUGCGAUACUUUAUUUACGUUGCUGUUUUAUUUCAUUCUACCCACACUGUCCCUGCUUUCCCUUCAUCAGGAGUUCAGAGGGAAUUCAAACUUAACAGAUAUCAAGAAGAAUCUGUUAAAACCGUCCAUAGUAGCGCGAAGGAUUCGAAUAUUUCCAACUGGUUACCAGAGUAUUCCUGUUCAUCACGUGUGUCUUCGGGCGGAACUGUACGGCUGUCGUUAUAACCUAGGUAAAACCAAAAUUCCUUCAUUUUAUCUCUACUCGUCAUUUUAUUUGUUUGAUUACAAUUACCUUAUCACAUUUGCCAAGAAACCCAUUGAAUAAUCUCACCGUUAUUACUAGUUGCUUACAAAGUGCGGGAGCUGAAUUACCAUUGAUUAGUUUCGUGUCGCAUUUGCUGUCUUUCCUUUUCCCGUCUGUCUAUUGUUUUUCUCCCCUCUUUUCGUUUCUCAUUUAUUCAUUUAUCUGUUGGGCAACCAUUACAACUUUUACUCGGGAAGUGCGGGGUUUGUCACUUGCGCAGUAUAUAAGAAAAACGGUGUCAAUCAUCAAUAAUCACCAUGUAGUUCUCAAUUUGUAUUUUUUUUGAUGGCCUCUGAAAUCAAUUACCGUCAGCAUGUGGAAGUAUUAUUACUCCAGCGAAGCAGAGCAAAAUAUCAGUCCGUGGAUCUGAUCGACAAACCAAAGAGUGUACUUGGUUAUCAAUUCCCAGUCAGCCAAGCCCACAGAAUGAAGUCAUAACCUUUCACUUCACUUACUUUGAUGUACCAUGCAAGCAUGGCCACGUGAUACUACUCGCCAGAGAUGAUACCCAAAUACAGAAGUUUUGUGGCGCAGACCCUCCUCAAGUGUCCAGUCUUCCUGCAACUAGCCAAAUAAUGGUGAAACUAAAGCUUACGAAAGGAGCGGCUGUAUGGGGAUUCGACCUAAAGUACAGAACUGAGUACUUAGGUAAAAUCGUACUAUAGCAACCCGUCAAAUCUCAGCUAUUGCUUCCAUUCCCCCGACUAUGGGCCCGUCUAUAAAAGCCCCAAUAAAAAUUGUCUUUAUAUCUUAAUCAAGAUAGGACGGAAAACUUUUUUGCCCCUCCUUCCGACAUUAAUUGUUCGCUCCGUUUAUAUACUCUGGAUUAUACACAACGUAUAAUUGCAUUUUUUACUUUCUAGGAUGUGGAGAAAUAAUUAGAGUGACUGAAAGCGGUACUGUGACGUCACCAAACUAUCCUUUGUCGUAUGACAACGAUCAGACCUGCACGUGGCUUUUCUCCUCGGAACCUGGGUCAAAGAUUACACUGAGAUUCCUCGAAUUUGAUCUGCAACCAGCCAAUGGAUCAGAGUGCCUUGAUUUUGUUCAGAUUCAAGAGGGUCGACUAAGUAAAUAUUGUUUGUGAUGUUGCCUUAAGACAAGAUGAGAGGUUUUGCUGGUACUCAAAGAGUAAUUUGUACAUUUAUUGCUGUUAUUAGCUUAGUAAAAGCUAUACAGAGAGAUAUUUCUGUGAUUAAUAAUUUUUCCAUGAAAGAGGAAUUUAAUUAGGAAAAACAGCAAGAAGCAUAUACAUGCCUUUAUCACGCUCCCUGACGGAGAUACAAAGAUGAAUCAAUAAAAAUCGUUACAAAAGAAACUGAAAUAGAAAUUACGAUAGAAAUCCUGCCUACUCAACUCAAGAAUUAAGAUGGCAAAAUACUAUUUGUAAAAAAAUAAAAGACUCUUUGUAGAAAGGGAUGCUUGAUAUAAGGAAUCUCUGGAAGUCUCACAUUUACUACUUAGAAAUUGUGAGUCUUAAAAUUGAUAGUUUCAUGAUGCCAUGUAACAGAGUUAUUUCGUACGUUCUGAUUUUACUCCUGUUUCAGAUCCUACGACGGUUUUGAAGAAAUUCUGCGGAAACUCUGUCCCCAAUCAAGUGGUAUCCACCAGCAAUCACUUACGCUUCACUUUCCACAGUGACAAUACAACUAACGGGAAAGGCUUCUUUCUAGAAUAUGGUCUUUAUUUACCCACUGGAAACGGCUCUUUAUCCUCCCAAGACCAAUCAGGU